AUGCUCUGCAAUUACAGUGCUCUUGUAAAAUUACCUAAGCUUCUCUAUAUUUUCUUCACGCUCACCUUUUUCUUUUAUCUCAUCAUCCCUCAUGCAACUCCACUAGAAUUCAACUUCCCUAACAUCACAGCAAGUGAUCAAACCGCCACAUCUAGAAUAAGAACUGACAAAGACGCUACUAUCUCAGGAGGAGGCCUCCAAGUCACCCAAGACCCGUCGCGGCCGGUUGGUCGAGCCAGAUACAUCGAACCACUGCACCUUUGGGACUAUCCUUCUCGAAACCUGGCAGACUUCGAAACCCAUUUCUCCUUUGUCAUUGAUUCAGAAGGAGGUUCAAAGUAUGCCGAUGGGCUAGCAUUCUACCUUGUUCCCAACGUUUCCGAUUCUGAUAUCACAUCAGGCAGUGCCAUUGGUCUUCCAGUCGACCUUACAACAAUGAACUCCACCACUCCCUUUGUUGCUGUGGAGUUUGAUACUUUUCCUUGGGGUGAUUGGGACCCAAAUUUCAUACAUGUUGGUAUCAAUAUCAACUCUAUGAAAUCUGUUAACACGUCCAUAUGGAAGGGUAAUAUCACUGGAGGGGGAAAAAAUGAAGCUUGGAUUAGUUAUAGUUCUGACUCAAAAAUUCUCAGUGUUCGCUUCACUAGUUAUUUUAAUAAUACCAUAGUCCAACAAGGUAGCCUUAGUCAUGAAGUUGAUCUGCGCGAGUACUUAACGGAAUGGGUUACUUUUGGCUUCUCAGCCUCAACGGGGGAAUUUUAUGAGACGCAUACAGUUAAAUCAUGGAAUUUCAGUUCUACAGAUCCGGCGCGGGUGACACCAAGUCCUAGUCCAAGCUUAACAGAUCCAGCACCAGUGACACGGAGCCCUAGUCAACGCCCCAUACCCAAAGGAAAGAAGGAAAAGAAUACAGCAUUUGUGGUGGGAUUAAGUGUUGGCUCAUGUGUUUUUUUUGGUGGAUUGGGUUUGAUUGCCAUUUGCUUAUGGAAGAAAAGGUGUAGAGUUAAAGAAGAAGAUGCAUUUGUCGUUGAUCUAUCCAUGGAUGGUGAAUUCGAGAAGGGUAUUGGACCAAAGAAGUUUUCCUUCACUGAGUUGGCUCAUUCGACAAGUAACUUCGCUGAAGAAGAAAAGCUUGGAGAGGGAGGGUUUGGUGGCGUUUAUAGAGGUUUCCUGAGGGAGUUGGCUUCUUCUGUUGCUGUGAAGAGGGUGUCAAGAGGUUCUAAGCAAGGGCUUAAAGAGUAUGCAUCAGAAGUUAAGAUCAUUAGCAGAUUAAGGCAUAAGAAUCUGGUGCAGCUCAUUGGUUGGUGUCACGAAAAAAAUGAGCUGCUACUUGUUUACGAGUUCAUGCCAAAUGGGAGCUUAGAUUCCCAUCUUUUCAAAGGAAAAAGCUUAUUGACAUGGACGAUGAGGUACAAAAUUGUCCAUGGCUUGGCCUCUGCUUUGCUUUAUCUUCAUGAAGAGUGGGAACAAUGCGUGCUACAUAGGGAUAUUAAAUCAAGCAACAUUAUGUUGGAUUCAAAUUUUAAUACCAAAGUUGGGGAUUUUGGGCUAGCCAGGCUUGUUGACCAUGAAAAAGGAUCGCAAACAACACUUUUGGCAGGGACAAUGGGCUACAUGGCUCCUGAAUGUGUCAUAACGGGCAAGUCUAGUAAGGAAUCAGACGUCUACAGCUUUGGAAUUGUUGUACUGGAAAUAGCAUGUGGAAGAAAACCCAUUAAUCUCAGGGCAACAGAAACUCAAUCAAGAGUGGUGGAGUGGGUUUGGGACCUCUAUGGAACAGGAAAGCUUCUUGAAGCAGCAGAUCCAAAAUUAUGUGCCGAUUUUGAUGAGCAAGAGAUCAAAUGUUUGAUGAUUGUUGGGCUAUGGUGUGCUCAUCCUGAUUACAAUCGCAGACCAUCAAUAAGACAAGCAAUUCAUGUGCUUAAUUUUGAAGCUCCACUUCCCAUUCUCCCAUCAAAGAUGCCUGUACCAACAUAUUUUGCUCCUGAUCCAGUGAAUACACCUAUAUCUUCAUUUCCAUUGUCCUUUGAUCCCACUGUCUCUGAGAGUAACCAAACCCAUUAUUCGAGCUACAGUUACAAUACAGAUUCCUCAAAGUUCACCACAUCUUCUUCAACUUCCUCUGCAACUGCAUCUCUUCUGCAUACGCUGUAAGUUGAUUGAAAGAAUAUCAAGUUCAAGAUUGUCAUGUAAUUGAGGUGUUUUG